AUGACAGCACUCUUUUUGAUAACUGUGUUUGUAAUUACAUUUGAUGUUGUCAAAGGAAUGAAUCCAGGAGAUAAGUCUACGAAAGAUGAAGAAGGUGCAAAAGGUACAACAGAUAAAGAUGUCGUUGAUGAUAAAGAACUAAUAGAGAGAAUGAAAAGUGAAGGUUUUGCUGAGACUCCAACAACAAGUCCACGUAGAAAACAAUUACAAGUACCAUCUUCUUUUGAAAGUACAGAAGACGGGUAUGUAAUGACAUAUGCUGUUUUAGAGGACUUUAUUUACUUAGAAAAGAUAUCACAUUUGUUUGUGUCUUCGCUUCAUAAUUUAAUGAAUCGAAUGAAGAGGCGUUAUAUAGUGUAUGGAUUAGACAAGUGGGUGUUGAUUGAAAGAAUUAAACAAAUAGAAGAGCAAAUGAGUGAAUUUGCGUAUAACAUAGUUGGCAAACAACGAAUCAAAGAAGAUACACUCAAGACAUUUUUAGACUUCUUUAUCAACACCUAUAACAUCAAUGAAUUAAGUAAUCCAUAUAGAUUAUACAUCGACUCAAUUUCAUUUAUUAAUUUCAAAUUAAAAGUUUCGCUCCACAUCCCACAAGUUUCAAGAAAGAAUUACAGACUACAAUCUGCUCUUCAACUCAAAUACUUCAGAAGUCAUCGAGACCUUCUAAAUAAUUUAUUACAAAUGCCAGAAUUGAAAAACAACCAACUUAUAAUUAAAGCACAAGAAACAAUCACAAGGUUUUUAACUUAUUAUGAAAACGUUGUAUUGAAUUUGGGAUUUACUGAGGAAGAGUUAUUGAAAGCUGUUUUAAGACCUUUUAAAACGAGAAUGAAAAAAACACCUCCUGUUAGAAUCAGUCGAUGGGUAAGAGGGGUAUUGCGAAAUGACCCGACAGUUUUAGCUUCACAAAGCCUUCGAGCAAGACGGUCAUCAAGUUACGACAACUCACACACUGAGUUAGAAUCUGCUCGAAGAAAAAGCAUCUAA